GCUGGAUCCUAGGCAUUCGAAGUCGCUGACGAGGAAGGCAACCAGAUAGGUGGACAUCGGAGGUGAUGGAUCAAAAGGCGUCCAUCACAUUGGUUACGAUCCACGUUGGAACAAUCGGUGCCUUUCUGAACUGUACUAUGAAGUGAAAGUACCCAGAAGAGUGGUCAUAAGUUCACUCCGAGGCAGUGACCAAUCAGAGCAUUUGCGGUACUUUGCAGAAAGAGAAAAUGUGUCAGAGAGGAGAAGGACGAGAGAAGACCGGUCUCUGGAGAGGGAAAUAUAUAAUUCUUACAUAGACUUGAGAGCCAGUUAAUCUUCAGUGAAUUACCGUACGUUGCACUUGUGUAUCCGUAAGUGUCUAUUUCGUUUAUUCUAGAAGCUGUCAACCACUGUCAACAAACAAAAAUCAUCAUAAUUAAUUCCAUUCUAAGCAGACAAUUAAUUCGAUCAGGAACAAUGGCUACGUAUAAAUUGGUAUAUUUCAACGUAAUGGGACUCGGAGAGCCCAUCAGGUUUCUUCUCAGUUACGGAGGCGUCGCAUUCGAAGACAUUCGCGUGCAGCACUCAUCCGAGGAAUGGACCAGCAUGAAACCAACGACUCCGUUCGGUCAGCUACCCACGUUGGAAAUCAACGGCAAAGUUUACUCGCAAACGUUACCUAUUUGCCGUUACCUGGCCAAACAGUUUAAUUUGCUCGGCAAAACCGAUUUGGAUACGUUACAGAUCGACGCGAUCGCGAGCGCCCUUCACGAUUUCAGAUGGCUGACAAUAACGUCUUAUUAUAGAGAAUCCGAUCCGGUCUUGAAAGCCAAGAAAAAAGUUGACGUAAUGACAAGAGUGAUACCGUUCUAUUUGAAUAAAUUGGAGGAACUGACGAAGAGCAAUGGCGGAUAUUUGCAUGGCGGGCAGUUGAGUUACGCCGAUCUGUUCUUCGUCGGGAUCUCGGAUUCGUUAACUACGGCUUACGAGUCGGAUAUCACGAAGGACAAACCGCAUCUGAGAUCCCUGAAGGAAAAGGUGUUGGAAAUUCCGAAUAUCAAAGCGUGGAUAGAAAAAAGACCAAAAUUGGAAUUUUAA